GUGUGCUCCAUUUACCCUAGUUCGAUUAUUUUUCUGCCAGUGUUCUGCUUUGGGCUUGUUUGGUUGAGCGUGGUCCGUGACCAACCGGCUUUAACGCUGUCUCUCUCUCUCUCUCUCUCAGGUGCUCCCACCGUCGUCCUUGCCGCCCGCAUCGCCGUCAAGAAGGCCUUCCGCCUGGACAACUUCGGGCCACGUGGCCCGCUUCUCAGGUCCGGGUCUCACGCAGAACGCCAAGUGAACAAGAAAGCAGGGGAACAGAUUGCAGCGGUGGGGACGUCAUCUGCAUCGAAGUGCAUCCGAAACCUUUACUUGAAAAACAUCACUUGGGCUCUCCCAGGAGAUCGUCAAAAAGAAAAGGCAGCCACGCUGGAACGCGUGCAGCAGCGAGGGGUUCUGCGAUUGACCAAAGUGCAGUGUCACAGAGACCCUUCCUGGGUCCUGGACGUGCUGCAUGCUGCCGCCCCGACGUUGGAGGCGGCUUCCUUCGAGUUCGUCGGUGAGGAGCACCUUCAGGCACUGCACGCCAUGCCUCGCCUGCGGCGAUUGGAGCUGACUUUCACUUCCGAGCACGACCCCGUGCUGCCCGCUCUGCAACACUCGGGCGGUCUCAAGUGGCUGCGUGUCCAGGCAAUCCCUCCGCGUACCCUGGUGUCGCUGCUCCGGGCCCACAGCGCGUCGCUGGACGAACUGUGGCUGCACGUGUCGGCUCCUAGGUUGCCGGAAGACCCUCUCAAAGCGUUGUUGCCGAGUAAAUGGGACGACCUCGCCGGCCUGCUGGCCCACUGCGGCCUCCGCGUCUCGCGGCUGGUACUGUGGAGAGACUACCACAUGCCGACCUGCCCUGAGCAGGUGUCCCCGCUGCGCCGCUUGCUGCCGGACACCCUGGUACAGUGCAAUACGUGUGACAGUGUAGCGUGGGAAACAUUCUAAAGCCGGGACUCGGCCUUGUUCAAAACGUUUUCCAGUUUUUGUACUGUU